AUGGCCUCUUGGUCUUCUCUAAAAGAGCUUAGAAAAAUGCUGGAAAGCGAGCCGGGCGCCUUUUACAACCACCCCUUUUUGCUGGCGGAAAUCCGGCAGAGGUACUGGGACGACCAGGACGAAACGCUCACCAAAAAAAACACAGAGAAAAACGCAAACUACAGGCACUGCAAGAUAUUUUACGUUAUGCGCCCCAAAAGGGGGAAAACAGAUGGUGUGGAAGAAAGCGCAGGGCACGCUCCCUCAAAAGUGCAGUUUUCGGAAAAAAUAAAAAUGAUAGAAGACGCAGCCUCGGACAGGGCUCCAAUAAAAAAAGCCAGCAAUAUUUUGAAACGCGCUCCGGGCCCCCCGCGGGAGGACCCCAUACAAAUGCAGAGCGUGUACAUCCACCAGAGGCCUAGGCGCCAGAGCAUAGGGUGCUUUAGAUAUACCAAAGAGAAAAAUGUUCUAGAAAAAAACACGAAUAAAUAA